CGGAAGUGAGGCGCACAUGCUAGCUAAUUUUGACUUUGCAUGAGUUAUUUAACCAUCGUAUUCUGUUUGAGUUACAUCAGUACCUUUAAAGUGUCUUUAACUUGCAUAAAUCUCCCUAACAAUGGGGCUACUUUGUGGGGUUUUUGUGUCUGAGUCGUUUUAGGUCCCAGAGUACCUUCAGGACAUUCACUGUCAGCAGACUAACUUGAAGAUGAUACCUGUUGGUUGAACUCAUUUGUGGGUUUGACAUUGAAAUGGACAGCUGAACUAGUACAAUGAAGACCUCAAUGUGGACCAGUUCACCUGUGCCUAAGUGAUGUUUCGACUCCGGUGUGUGACCCCCUGCCUUCGUAGGCUCCUACAUGGGGCGAUGGUGAACAGAGACCAGGUUCUAGAGCAGCUGCGGGUUUGCUCUGCUGAAGAUCAGAUUUUUGAUGUGGUGGGGAAGCAUAAGGCCAAACUCACAGUGAACCAUGUGAGCCGGGCUGUGGGGAUGCUGUGGCAGUUUCAGAAGGAGAAGCCACAGCUGCUUCGGACUAUUGACCUUAUCAGGUGUCACCCCCAGUUCUUGACCCUCCGUGUUUUGGCAGAAAACAAAAUUGCUCUUAUGGAUAAUUGUAUGUUGGUCGACAUGCUUUACACUUUCCUCAGAUUUAAUGUGGAUCCACAUGACUCUCUUGUUCAGCAACUGAUUUCAGAAGCUUGGCUGCGACUAGACAGAUUGUCAAUGGCAUCUCUGUCCAAGUUUGCCAUCUGUCUCAGUGACCUACACCUUCAGCACAGUCCUCUGAUGGGUCAGAUCACGGCAAUUCUGGAUGAGAAGUUGCCAACAAUUAAUGAUGCCAGGAUUUUAACUAUCCUAAUGAUCAGCGUAUCCUCCCUGGUGUCUCCACGUCUCAGAGAUGCCCUCAUUAACAGGGUAGACAAACUUCUGGACACCACAGAUCCCACAAAUUACAACACUCCUCGGAGGGUGGUGCAGUUCCUUCGUAAUAUCAGAUACAACCAUCGGCCUCUGCUGGAAAAAUGCAAUCAGAUCCUGUUGUGCAACAUUCCCAGGCUGAACUCAGAGGAUAUCGCCAUCAUCAUGGGCUUGUUUCAGUCCCUGCAGUUCCACAACUGUGACUUCAGGGUCAGCGCGAAACAGAGGCUAAUAGAACUGAUCGACUCGAGCACUGAUCCUUUCUCCUUCACCAAACUGUUUGUCAGUUUGGCUCCCUUAGCCAAUGCGGAGAUAAGAGAAGAGUUAGAAAACACCACCCUUCUGUUGGCAGAUGAGUUCAGUAUACACCAGGCUCUUGCUGUAAUUGAAGCACUUGAAGAGAUUCAGAGCAGAAAUCUGAGCCUAAUGAACAAAAUGGCAUCAGUGAUCCAAAGAAACCUUCAUCUCUACAAACCAGUGGAGGUGGCCCGAAUUACCCAAGCAUUCUUGCUGCUACAAUACCAGAAUCCUGAAUUUUUCACUAGACUCAGAAACACUUUGGCCAACUUUUUGCUGCACAGUGUCUUCCCUUCUGAAGUGACCAUGUUGACUCGUGUUUUGACGAUCCUGCCUUGCCCACGACUGGACGAUGGCGGGAUCUCCCGGGUCAGCUCUGUGGUGUCCCAGUGCAGCCUCAACGACCUCAACACCAUUUCUUUCGCUGUUGCCAAAUUGCUACGGAACGACCCAUCGUACCGCCACAACACUCCCAGUAAAUACGUCCGCCUGCUGCAAAACCUGAAUCGCUGCGGACACGAGAGACUGCGAACAGCUGAUCGGCUGGACUUGUUGCUUGAAGAGCUGAAGUACAUUUCAGGGGAGUGGUUUGAGGAAAUGCUGCUUGAAGAUGUGAUGGUUACUCUUCAGAGGAUGAUGGAUCAGAUAAACGGGAGCAAUGUGUCUGAUCUAGCCCUGUUGUUAACCAGGAAUACCCACCUUUGCCCUCCUUUGAUGGAGCAUAUCGCCAAUGUGGCCAUCAGAGACAUUGACAAGAUUCACCACUCUUCAAUAUAUGCCACCUUGCUGCCCUUUUGUGUCUUGAAUUAUGAUCCUGAAAAAGAAGAUGAGUUGUUUGACAUCUGUAUACAACGCUUCACCCCACAUAUCAGCUCCUUUGACCCACAUCUGCUCGUCCUUCUGGGAUACUCCUUGGCAUUGGCUGAUCGUUUUCCUGAGGAACUUAUCAAAGAGAUUUUCAGUAUCAACUUUCUGGGAAAAUUAGAUGUCCAGUUAGACACCCUGUCUAAUUCCCUCAACUUGCGGGUUCGACAGCGCCUCAUGGAGCUGAAUCGUGCCAUGUGUCUUGAAUGUCCUGAGUUUCAAGUGCCGUGGUUUCAUGACCGUUACUGCCAGCACCUGCAAAAGAAAGGGAGUGGUAGCAUCAGUCCUGUGCAGCAGCAGAUCCAUAAAAUGCUCAGUGAAGUUCUUGGUGGUAUGAACUGUGUCCGACUAUCAGUUGUCACGCCAUAUUUUUAUACUGUAGAUUUUGAAUGCAUACUGGACAAACACUUGGAGCCGCUGGCCUACAAUGAGCCAAAUACCCUCCAGAUCUCACACAUAGGAAAUGUUGACUGGGGGAACAACUCACUGGAAAGCAUCAGGAGCGAACUCCCACCUGGAGCACAACGAGUUGCUGUGGAUUUUCUUGAUUCAAAGUCCUUCUGCAAGAACUCGCAUCAUAUGAAAGGAGAAACCAUGAUGAGAAAAAGACACCUGGAAAUACUGGGUUACCGUGUUGUCCAGAUCCCUCACUUUGAAUGGAACUCCAUGGAGCUCUCAACAGAGGGUGCUUGGAAAGAAUAUCUAAAGAAAAAAAUAUUUGGAGAGGUUUCCUCUUGAAGGAUGUAUUUACUGAACGCAUAAAGAAAUGUUACAUUCAGCAACAAGUCUGUUUUUUCUGAAGAAUUUCCAGGCUGUGACUGAAGAGAAUAUAUCAUUUUACAAACAGUACGUUAAUAAUAAUCCAUUGUGUCUUAUUUUUUCAUCAGAGUUGACGUGAAUCUACCUCAUUUCAUGGUAAAUGAGAUUGUGUCAAACUUUUAUAUUAAAUUGCUUUGCUUUUUUAAAUAAAAUAUAAAGUUGUACAUAA